AUGGCAGCAGCACUUGCGGUGACAAUGGACAAAAAUAUCAGAAAGGAACUGGGUUUUUCCACAAGUAAGUCAAUCUUUUGGACAGAUAGCGCAAUCGUUCUCCAUUACAUCGGCAGUAAGAACAAACGUUUCCGUAUGUUUGUGGCUAACAGGAUCUUAGCCAUACAUGAUACCUCUCAACCAAGGCAAUGGAGAUAUGUCAACACGGAAAAAAAUCCAGCAGACGAUGCCUCAAGAGGUGUAUCGCCGGACAAGCUCACUGGUAGAUGGGUCCAAGGUCCAGACUUCCUGUGGGGUGACGAUACGAAUUUGCCUGUCCGUCCUGCUGAUCUCCAGGGUGUACUACCAGAUCUAGAAAUAAAACCUUCUACGAUAGAUGCCAGCUCAUUCGUCACUCAAUCAGAGGAGAAGCCUUUGGAGACGUUCAUCAACAGCUAUUCCUCAUGGUUUAAGUUGAGAAGAGGAGUGCGCUGGCUCGUGAAGUUCAUGCAGUGGUUGAAACUCAAAGGAGAACCCCAGAUGGGCCAAGAUCUGAAUUACUUCAAGAGAAUAAGCUAUGAUAUGCAAGAUACCGAGAAGAUAAUUCUGCAUUUUGUACAGAGAUGCUAA